UUCGGUUUGAGAAUUGGAUCCCCCCGCCGGCCAAGGACAAGGAGGAUGGCUCGACAAGUCAUCCGUCAAGAGGUAAUCUACCAACGACAGGUAAUUCAACUAAAAGCAACACGGACUUCCUCGGGAGAGCUAUUGAUUUGAGAAGAACUCUGAGAUCAAGAGGAUAAUGCAGAACAAGGCUGCCAAGUACAUGGAUCGCGCCGAGAAGCUAAAAGCUUACCUUCAUACUCAGGCUACUGGAAUUCCAGAAAGGAGGUUCCAGCAGUUAGCAUACCUUCUGUCAAGUCCAUCGGCACGAAUAGCCUUGAAUAAGGUCAAAAAGGAGCUUCGUAUUCGUGGUGUUGAGGCCCGCAAAGCCGAGCAUUUAAGAAAGCGGCAGGUUACCCAGUUGUUAAAAGCAAAGCAGGAGGUGCCUCCUGAUUUACUUAAUCCAAUUCCUGAUCCUGAAAAAAUUGCACAGGAGUCAGAGAUUCAAGAAGAAGCCAAUAUUCAAUUGAUUUCAACAAUAGGGUGGUCAGGAUCACAGGUAGACGACGACGAUGAGACUGGAUUUAUAAGAUUUAGUGGACAUAUUUACAGACAGGACAGAAGAGAAUUUGGAUUCAGGGUUGUUUUAAAGUAAGAAUAACGUACAUGUAUAGCGAAAGCGCCAAACAAGCGAAAGCGCCAAAAUGAUGCGGUGACCAAACCCCCCAACUAAAUGUUAAAUUCCUCAACAACAAAACAUGCCCCAUAAAAACGAUGAAAGCC